GCUUCAGCAUCAGCGACUCCGCACCACGACAAGGGUUUGACUAGUUCCAGUGAGCACUGCACCCGAGUCAGAGCAGAAGUCACCAUGACCGCCAGACUGUACACUGGAUUCUCCACCUCGUCCCUGUCCUCAGCUCCCUUAAUGAUAGGCUCCAAGCGGGGUACGAGCGUCUACGGCGGUGCAGGUGGUGCAAACGUCCGUGUGUCCUACGCCUCCAAAGCCUAUGGCUCCGGCUUUGACCUGGCAUCGGCGCUCGGAGGUGACAACGGCAGUUUCUCCGUUUCAGGCAGCGAGAAAUUUACCAUGCAGAACCUCAAUGACCGCCUGGCCGCCUACCUGGAAAAGGUGCGCUCUCUGGAGUCCACCAAUGCGCAGCUGGAGCGUCAGAUCCGCGAGUGGUACGAGAAACAGACCCCCACCGUCAGGGACUACAGCAAGUAUCAGGCAGUGAUCGACGACCUGCGCAAAAAGAUAAAUGUUGCCACACAGGACAAUGCCAGGCUGAUGCUGCAGAUUGACAAUGCCAGACUGGCAGCAGAGGACUUCAGAAUCAAGUUUGAGAAUGAAAUGGCAGUGCGCAUGUCAGUGGAGGCAGACAUUGCCGGACUCCGCAAGGUUCUUGAUGACCUGACCAUUGCCCGGUCUGACCUGGAGAUGCAGGUGGAGGGCUUGAAGGAGGAGCUGGUCUUCCUGAAGAAGAACCAUGCAGAGGAGCUUGCAGCCUUGCGCGGCCAAGUUAACACCAGCUCUGUGAACGUGGAGGUGGACGCCAAGCCCCAGGAGGAUCUGAGCAGGGUCAUGGAGGAGAUGAGAGCUCAGUAUGAGGCCAUCAAUGAUAAGAACCGCCGCGAAAUGGAGGCCUGGUACAAGGUCAAGUUUGAUGACCUGAACAAGCAGGUGGCAACCAGCACAGAGACCCUCCAGACCUCCCGCAGUGAGAUCAGUGAGCUCAAGCGGACCCUGCAGGCCCUGGAGAUUGAGCUACAGUCCCAGCUCAGCCUGAAAUCUGCCUUGGAGGGCACAUUGACAGAGACAGAGUCCCGCUACAGCCUGCAGCUUAGCCAGCUGCAGGCCAUGGUCAACUCCCUGGAGAACGAGCUCAGCCGGGUGAGGACGGACAUCGAGAGGCAGGCCACAGAAUACCAGGUGCUUCUCGACAUUAAGACCAGGCUGGAGAUGGAGAUUGCUGAGUACAGGAGGCUGCUGGAUGGAGAGGAUCAAAAGAAAACUGUUGUAGAGGUUAAACAUCAACCAGUCAUAACCCAGAGGAGGAAAGUGGUGAUUGAGGAAAUCGUUGAUGGAAAAGUAGUUUCCCGCACAGAGGAUGUGGACACAGAGGUCAUCAGCAAGUAGACGGACUGCAUCCCAACAGAUCUGGGUCAGAUAAUAAAUCAGGAAAGAAAUUAAGAGGCGUUCCUGUAUUCUGAAGUCUACUAAAAUGAACCAGGAAAAGAGUUAUUUAUUUAUUCCACCCAGGUCUGAAAUCCAUCCCCAAAUCCAUUAUACUUCUCUACUUCUGCAGUGUCAUUUGAAUGCGGUGUGAUUUAUUGUCAGAAAAUAUUUAUUCUGAUUGUCAAAAAAAAAAAAGCUAACCAAUAAAAUGUUUUUUAAAUGUGUAAGAA